AUGGGAGGAUUGGAGGAGACUGAAACGUUGCAGCUGGUGACCCGACUUGGGUCCUGGGACAAGCCACGCAAACCGCUGUUGUUCUUUGAGGUGUUGGAUGUCGUGGUCGAAGCGAUUCGAAGCGAACAUGAGGUGAAUCAGCUCAUCCAGGGCGAAGCUGUGGAACCGACCAGCUUCCACGGCGCGGUGCUGGUGGCGCAGCUCCAGGGCGUCAACGAGUUGGCUGCAGUGCAUCAUGAACGCUUAGGAAGCUUCUUGGAUACGCUGCACACCUUGAGUGCCACCGAAAACAUCCUCCUCACGCUGUCUUCGGAGGAACUGGUGGCGGUGUCUGGCUACGACGGCGAUGCCGGCGAGCUGCAGCUGACCUGCUUCGCCAUGGCCCUGCAGGACUCAUAG